UGUUAGUACAGUCCGCUAACCGCGAAAGUUUCAUAACAACUAUGGCGUCCGGAGCAGGCCGUCGUGGGAGAAAGCGCAAAACUGAGGACGAGGAGGAGAAGCAGAAACCCGCCAAGGCAGCAAAAGAAGAAGCGGUGCCUAUGCUGCAAGGCCAAAGAGUGGUGAUUGAACACUGUAAGAGCUGACGAGUGUAUGGGCGUAAUGCCGAGGGGGUAAAAGCUGCCCUUUUGGCUGCACGCCCAGAGCUGACUGUGGUCCUCAACCCAGAGAAGCCUCGCAGGAACAGCUUUGAGAUCACUCUCAUAGAGGGAGGCAAAGAAACACCUCUCUGGACAGGAAUAAAAAAGGGGCCACCUCGUAAACUCAAAUUUCCAGAACCUGAUGUUGUAGUUUCUGCUCUACUGGAGGCUGUCGGUGCUGACUAGAUGCUUAGAGAAGGUAAUUGUUCAUGGGUGUGGCUUGUAGAAGCAGAAUGAUGAGGAGUGACCAAACUGAAUGCACAGUCUCUCCUCUGAUGAACCAAGCUUUUCCAGCUCACGCAUCUGAACAUUUGGUGACAUCUACUGGACCAUUAUAGAACAAACACAUCCGUUACCACUCUGUUGUGCGUUUGUAGUGUAGAGUACCAAGUUUGAGAUUUAUGGUAUUUUGACUGUUUUUUUCUCCACUCUCUCGAAAUAAAAUGCUUACUUUUUUUUGCAUUU